UUUCUAUAAUUAGACACAAGUUGGGGUUGUCGUAAAAUAUACAGCUCUUUAUUGUUUCAAUUAAAAUUAGAAAGAAAUCGAAAAACUAAAAGAUUUUAGAAAGAGGAAAGAAAGAAGAGAAGAGGAGGAGAUUUUAGAGAAGAAGAAGAAGAGAGGAGAGAUUCUGUUUGGAUACACUGCGAAUCAUAUCCGAGAAAAACUUCUUUUUUUUUAUUACCUUGCUCGUACCUUCUUCUUUGUGACGACGAUGAUGGUAGUUAACAGCUUCGAUUUAUGGCAAAAGGAUGUUUUCUUCUCUGCAGCUGAAGAAGUACAAAAGUCUGCAGAUAUAAUGGAGUCUGCUUAUAGAUUGUGGAUUAGAGAGAAGAAAGAUGACAUCUUUAAGGAACUUCAAGCAGCGUUGGGUACUGCCAAAUGGCAGUUGGAGGAGUUUGAGAAAGCAGUCAGAUUGAGCCAUAGGCAGUGUGGGGAUGAUUCAACAUCCACAACACGGCACAAACAGUUUGUUGCCGCUAUAGAAAACCAGAUUCAUCGCGUUGAAGCCUCACUGCAAGAAACUUAUAGUGAAAAUGGAAAAGAACCCCUCCUUUGGGUUAAUCUCAGUGAAGAAGAGAGAGACGACUUGGCCAUGUUUCUCUCUGGAUCUUCUUUAACCUCACAUAGCUUUAGUAGUGAAAGCAGCAUCAAGUCGAAUGUAGCUGAAGUUACAAAUGACGUUAAUGGCUCUGAAUGUGUCAUAGACAUUCAAGAAAGCGCAAAACCAAGAAAUGCAGAGAAAACAGUGGGGACAAGAAGGACAUGGAGUUCACCAGAUUUCAGUUCCUUGAGGAUUAUAGUUCCUGGUGAUAAUGAACAAGAAGAGGAGAAACUAGUGACACAAAUCGAAUCUACUCCUAAAGUGAAAGGAACUAAGCCUGUCUUGUGGAUGCAGAGACUUCCUGAUCAUACUCAGCUUGGUUGCUUCCAAAAUCCGAUACGCUUAUCAUUUAACCAUCCCAUCAAGCUCACUGUUUCCUUAAUGCUAAUGGUGUUUCUUCUAUUACCCUUCGUAGUGUAUUCAUCUUGAGAAUUCAACCACUGUUCUCAAGAAGCUUAUCAUCAUCCCUCAAGAACAAGUAGAGAUUAAAGAGUGAUUCACGUAUAAUUACUUUCCAUUUGUUGCUAUGCUGUUCUUCAGGGAACAUAUAAGAAAAUCAUAAACUUGUGACACUGAGUAGAGUUUACACUUUGGUUUUGGCUAUCGUUUAUUAAGAAUGUAAAUGUAGAAUACGUUACAUAGUUUUCAAGUAUUUGUUGUCUCUGCUCUU